AUGAGAAACAACCAAAAAGAGCAAAACAUAAGCAGGCAGCAACAAAAACAAAACAAUCUGCUUUAUUGCGUUUCAGAGUCAGGCUCUGGCUCCGGUUCAGACUCCGAGCAGGAGAGACCUCGAUCGGCCAGCAACGCCUCAGGCAGCGGCAGUGACAGUGAGAGAGAACGGGAUGAUGAUGAUGAGGAGGAUGGCCAGGAGGCAGGGAAACCCAGUAUGAAUAAGGAGCUGUUUGGAGACGACAGCGAGGAUGAGCAACACAGUCAACACAGCGGCAGCGACAACCAGUCUGAGCGAUCAGGGAACCAGUCGGACGCCAGCAUGCACUCAGACCAGGGGGAAAACGAUCACUCUGAUGCAGAGCAGCAUAGCGGCUCCGAGCACGGCCAUCGAGAUGACGAUGAAGAUGAGGAGGACGGGGGUCACCGGUCAGAUGGAGGAAGCCCGGCCGGCAGUGGGAUGUCCGGAGCGGGGAGCCCUCACUCUGAGAGGGGCAGCGUCCGUUCAGACAGAAGCGUGCACAGUCCUGCCACUCCGCAGUCAGGCCCUGGCACCCCUCACUCUGAUGGAGAAGCUUCUGGCAGGGAGAACCAGUCAGAUGACGACAAGUGGGAAGGAGGAGCUAAGAGCGACCAGUCUGAGGACGAGGAGGAGAAACGCCAUUACUCCGAUGAAGAAAGAGAGAACUCUGAUGACGAGGGGCCGAGGAACAGGAAGUCAGAGUCUGCAAAGGGCAGUGAUAGUGAAGAUGAUUUCCUUAGACAGAAAACCAAAUCAAAAGUUGCCUCUGAUUCAGAUUCCGACAGUGAUAUUGGAAGAAAGAAACCAAAGUCGGCAGCGGCCGCAGACGACCUGUUUGGAGAAGCUGACGACAUCUCUUCAGACAGCGACGCAGAGAAGCCUCCGACCCCCGGCCAGCCCCUGGAUACAGAGGAUGGGAUGGAGGGGGAGCAGGCGGAGGAGGAGCCUGCGCCUGAAACUCGCAUCGAAGUAGAAAUCCCAAAAGUCAGCACAGACCUGGGAUCUGACCUUUAUUUUGUCAAGCUUCCCAACUUCCUGUCUGUGGAACCCAGACCCUUUGAUCCUCAGUAUUAUGAGGAUGAAUUUGAGGAUGAAGAAAUGCUGGAUGAAGAGGGACGGACCAGGCUCAAAUUGAAGGUGGAGAAUACAAUUCGGUGGAGAGCCAAGAGAGACGAGGAGGGAAAUGAAACCCGGGAGAGCAAUGCACGCAUUGUCAAAUGGUCGGACGGCAGUAUGUCCCUCCAUCUGGGGAAUGAAGUGUUUGAUGUUUACAAAGCGCCUCUCCAGGGAGACCACAACCACUUGUUCAUCCGACAGGGCACUGGACUGCAGGGACAGGCUGUGUUCAAAACCAAGCUCACGUUCAGGCCGCACUCCACAGACAGCGCCACCCACAGGAAGAUGACUCUGUCUCUGGCUGACCGCUGCUCCAAGACACAGAAGAUCAGAAUCCUCCCCAUGGCUGGACGAGAUCCCGAAUCGCACCGCAAUGAAAUGAUCAAGAAAGAGGAGGAGCGGCUGCGAGCUUCGAUCCGCAGAGAGUCCCAGCAGAGGAGGAUGAGGGAGAAGCAGCACCAGAGAGGCCUGAGCAGCAGUUACCUGGAGCCCGACCGCUACGAUGACGAGGAGGAGGGCGAGGAAGCCAUCAGCCUGGCGGCGAUCAAGAGCAAAUACAAGGGAGGAGGAGGCCUGAGGGAGGAGCGAGCGAGGAUCUACUCUUCAGACAGUGAUGAAGGCUCUGAUGAUGACAAAGCCCAGAGGCUAAUGAAGGCCAAGAAGCUAGACAGUGAUGAGGAGGGCGAGGGAUCGGGCAAGAGGAAGGCAGAGGACGACGAGGAAAUGGCCACCAAGAAGGCCAAGAAAUACGUCAUUAGCGACGAAGAGGAGGAGGAAGACGAUGACGAAUAAUUCACUCUUUUUUUUUUCAAUCAUUCCACUGUAUUAUCAGUGCUCAGCCCACAUGGCAUAUAAACAGCCAUAUUUUUGUUUUGUUUUGUAGAUUUUCUUAAGACCUGUGUAUGUGUGUGUGGGUGAGUGUGUUUGUGUGUGUGAUUGUUUAUGUUGUGUACAGCAGAGGUGAGAAAUAAAGAAAUGGUUGUCUUAUGUAACCAAAAGCUUC